GAAACACCAGCCUGCCCUGCGUUCCAUUAGGAAAGCGUUUGUGCACCUGUGUUGUCUGCAGACAAGAGAAGUGGCAAACAGUGAACACAGCCUUUGAAUGAGAUAACUUCUCUCUGCCAUAGAAAGAAACAGAAGGCUAAUGAGGGAUCUUAACAGUGGGCGUCAGCAAGCUAUGGGAUGCAAAAGUCCCUGCUGGUUUUGCCUCCCUAACCCACAGGAGGACCAGAGCCAAUGAAACCCUCCCCCUGAAAUCCACAGCAAAGAUCGAACACGAACCUGCACUCCCCUGACUUUAUGAUUCAUCUUGCACACCAGACGACUGUGUCUUGACCAGGAUUACCUUCCCACAUCAGGGCACACAAUAACAAAGCAUGCUGCAGAACAACAAUGUGUAGAACUAGAGCCCUCCUCAACCAUGUCCCAGUACCAGAACUGUGACUGAAGGAGGAAAGAGUGGAGAAGAGUCUGAGACCUCGUCCAGGCCUCUUGAAAAGCACCACUUCCCAGCUCACAAUGUCCAGUGUCUGGGAGAGGUUCUGCUCUGCAGUCCUGGGGCUCAGAUAACUUCUCUGCAAUAAGGAGAAGCAGAAGGCUAAUGAGCUUUGGCUGUUGUUGGAGUUUAAUUCGGGAGUCGGCUGGUUGAACGGAACUCGGUGUAGAACUGGCCUAUAUUGGUGUAAGACAAGGAUCAAAGAUGGAGCCUGUCCAUGUUAAAGAGGAAGUAUGUGAAGUGGAGCUUGUCAGAAUUAAAGAGGAGGCGCCUGACCAUGUUGAAGAGGAGGUCUUCGAAGUGGAGCUUGUCAGAAUUAAAGAGGAGGAGUCUGGUGAAGAGGAACAUUCACAAGAGACAACAGGGCUUCAGGGUUCUGUGUCAGACCAUUCCAAAUACACAAGCAACUGUCUUAUAUGUAGUGAUUGUGGGAAGAGUUUCAGUCGCUUGGGAAGCUUUAAAAGACACCAGCAAGUUCACGUAGGAGUGAAACAACAUCUCUGUACUAAAUGUGGGAAGGGUUUCAGUCGCUUAGGAAACCUGAAGUCACAUGAACAAGUUCACACAGGAGUGAAACCGUAUGCUUGUACCGACUGUAGUAAGAGUUACAGUGAAUUAAGAUACCUUAAAAGACACCAGCUAUCUCACAAAGGUGUGAAACCACAUACCUGUUAUGAAUGUGGAAAGAGAUUUAGUCAGUUAGGAGUCCUUCGAAAACACCAGAGAAUUCAUACAGGAGAAAAACCUUAUAAAUGCACUGAAUGUGGAAAGAGUUUUAAUCAGUUUGGAACCCUUAAAAGCCAUCAGCGAAUUCACACAGGGGAGAAACCAUAUCACUGUUCUGAAUGUGGCAAGAGUUUUAAUGAGUUAGGAACCCUCAAAAAUCACCAGCGUAUUCACACAGGCGAGAAGCCAUAUCAGUGUACUGAAUGCGAGAAGAGCUUCAUUCAGUUAGGACACCUUCGAACACACCAGCGACUUCACACAGGAGAGAAACCCUAUCACUGUAACGAGUGCGGGAAGAGUUUUAAUGCGUUAGGGCACUUCAAAACUCACCAGUGGACUCACACAGAAGAGAAACCAUUUCACUGUACUCAGUGUGAUAAAGGCUUUUACCAUUUAGGAAGCCUUAAAAUACACCUGCGAACUCACACAGGAGAGAAGCCAUAUCAUUGUACGGAAUGUGAUGCAAGUUUUGGUCGGACGUAUCUUCUUAGAAAGCAUGAGCAAAUUCAUGCAGAAGAGAAAACUCGUCCGCAGAAUGUUAACUGAACUCUUAAAUCACUCAUUAGGCCACUAAAGUUUAUACAGAGGACUUCACUGUGUGAAUAUUAGAAAAACAGCUUAGACUCUGAGCAUUGAACUUAUGAACAAGAUAAAUGGCAACCAUCAAUAAAGUGACCCACGUUUGUAAUGGAUGCAAGAAAGAGACAAUGUGCGGGACUCGCAUUUGUAGCUCUCAUUUUGUCUACAUUUUGUUGGUUGGAAAAAUAAUGCAAACUACAUGGCAUCUGCAUAAGUCUCUCUUUUUUAUUUUUUAAUUCAAAACUUAUUUUGGAUUGUCAAUUUCUCAUUCAUACAAACUCUGGUAAUUCAUGUUGCACACUACAUGUAAGUUGUACAUUGAAAUUAGCCAGCCAUGCUACAUAAUUCUGUAGUUUGUUGCUUCUGACCAUGAAAUUUAUCAGACUUAAUCCAUUUGUUGGAAAACGUGGAUUGAGAAUUGAUUAGCAGUUUGCUACGCAUGUGGACUGGCAGAGCUAUACUGGUGUUUUUUUCUGA